CACAAAGCUCUGCCUGGGGCUGUCCAGCUUUCCCAGCCUUUUGAUGUGGCACCGUAGCGAAAUGGCUGAUGAUAACGAGGACCUGCAGGCAGAUGAAGAGCUCCCGGCUGCGGCCGAGGACAGCUUUGAGCAGCUGGAGAACGACAGCCCCGCCGAGCGCAGCGGGCACGUGGCGGUCACCGACGGGCGCUGCAUGUACGUCUGGGGAGGCUACAAGAACGCCCAAGUGAGGGGAUUUUAUGACUUCUACCUGCCUAGAGAUGAAAUAUGGAUCUACAACAUGGAAACUGGAAGAUGGAAGAAAAGUAAAACAGAGGGAGAUGUGCCCCCGUCCAUGUCUGGAAGCUGCGCUGUGUGUGUGGACAGAGUGGUGUACCUGUUUGGAGGACAUCAUGCACGUGGCAAUACAAACAAGUUCUACAUGUUAAAUUCCAGAUCCACGGACAAAGUGCUGCAGUGGGUCAGAGUAGAAUGUCAGGGGGUCCCCCCUUCAUCAAAGGACAAACUUGGCGUUUGGGUUUACAAAAACAAGCUAAUAUUUUUUGGAGGCUAUGGUUAUUUUCCUGAAGGGAAACAACGGGGAACUUUCGAAUUCGAUGAAACCUCUUUUUGGAACUCGGGUCUUCCUAGAGGUUGGAACGAUCAUGUACAUGUUCUGGACACCGAAACCUUUACUUGGAGCCAGCCUAUAACUACGGGUAAGACUCCGUCUCCACGAGCGGCUCAUGCCUGUGCUACAGUUGGGAACAGAGGCUACGUAUUCGGUGGCAGAUACAGAGAGUCCAGAAUGAAUGAUCUUUACUACCUAAAUUUGGAUACAUGGGAGUGGAAUGAAAUAAUCACGCAAGGCCUGUGCCCAGUAGGGCGCUCGUGGCAUUCCUUAACACCGAUUUCCUCGGAUCAUCUCUUCCUCUUUGGAGGAUUCACCACGGACAAGCAGCCCCUCAGUGACGCUUGGAUUUAUUGUAUCAGCAAGAAUGAGUGGAUACAGUUUGAGCACAACUAUGCUGAGAAGCCAAGGUUGUGGCACACGGCCUGUGCGAGCGAAGAGGGAGAGGUGAUCGUCUUCGGCGGCUGUGCCAACAAUUUACUCGCCCACUCGAAAGCUGCUCACAGUAACGAAAUACUGGUGUUUUCCCUGCAACCACGAUCUCUUGUAAGGCUGUGCCUCGAGGCCGUCAUCUGCUUCAAGGAGAUGCUGGCCAGUUCCUGGAACUGCCUCCCCAAGCACUUGCUGCACAGCGUCAACCAGCGCUUCGGCAGCAACAACACGUCGGGCUCCUGA